UGAACAAGUUUUAUUUGUCACUUACUAAAAUAUUUUAUAAAAAGUUGUGAUUCAAAGAUAUAUAUUUUUUUACCAAAACAUCCUAUUUAUAUAUAGAAAAGCAAAGGUGUAGGCGUUCAAAUUUGCUAAAUUGAACAAAGAAAGUACCAAGUACGGAAAUAUACUUUUUAUAACUUAUAAAACAGCAACAACAAAGAAGCAAUAAAAUUCACGAUCCGUCGACAUUGAAUAUAAAGAAUUUGCUAUCAUCGAUAAGCCAAAAAGGUGCCAAAAAUAACUAGAUAUAAAGCCAAGAGUGCCAAACACAUAUAGACGUCCAUGUUAAUAAAAUAAACUGCAUAACAGUUAAUAACCGAACCACAUCAACAUUUUACAUAUUGUUCCGACUUUAUUCUUGGAAAACGUAGUAUUGAAAGGUAGUGUUCAUUUCCAAAUAUGGGCAAUGCAGGCAGCACUAGUAUGCAUCGUGAGCGCCACAAGUCGAGUGACCUGUCAACACCAAACUCCCCAUUUCGAGAGAUGCCCGGCCGUGGCGAUUCAGUUGCCUCAGCAUCUGGAGUUGUAGCGGUCGGUAGUGUCGUUGGUGGUGGGGCACAAGCCUUUACUUUUGACAAAAACAUAACAAAUGACAAGAAUGUGCGUUCAGUCUUGCUCGGCGGUUCCUCGCAAGAAGACGAAGAUCAGCCAUACUAUACGAAGCCCGUCGGUAGCGCAGCUACUACAGAUACAAUCACAACACCCACCCCACGCAAACGCGCUAAUACUGUUUCAGAAGGCAGUUCUACACCGCAACACAACAACUCUGGAAGCAAUAUGUCUGUAAAAGAAGCGGCUGGUAAUUCCAAUGAUGAUAAAGAAGAGUGCUCCACAGAAGAGCUACCUAGAAAUUCUGGAUUACCCACUGUUUUGCGUUGGGAUGGAGGUGGCAAGAAUGUCAUGAUUUCGGGCACGUUCUCCAAAUGGAAACCUCUACCCAUGGCACGUAGUCAUGGAAAUUUCGUGGCAAUUAUUGACCUUCCAGAGGGCGACCAUCAAUAUAAAUUUUAUGUGGAUGGCGAAUGGAAACAUGAUCCUAAAUUGAAAAGUAUCGAAAACGAAGAUGGCAUUAAGAACAAUUUAGUUUCGGUACGUCAGUCGGACUUCGAAGUGUUUCAGGCGCUUGCCAAAGAUAGUGAGAAUGCACCAAACUACGCUGAACGAGAAUAUUCACAGGAGGUGCCACAACCUAAGCCAUGGGAAAAAGUUUCUGGACCCCCAGUGUUGCCGCCUCAUUUAUUGCAAGUCAUACUUAACAAAGACACGCCAUUAUCGUGUGAACCCACAUUGCUCCCUGAGCCUAAUCAUGUUAUGCUUAAUCAUCUGUAUGCACUUUCUAUCAAAGAUGGUGUUAUGGUGCUGAGCGCAACACAUCGCUACCGCAAGAAAUAUGUUACCACUUUACUUUACAAGCCCAUAUAAUAUGGUACACCAUGCGUUAUAAAACAUAAGUAGGUAUAGUUAAAGAGACAAUAUUGGCCAUAAUUAUAUCUAUGUUUUUUAAGCUAUCCUUGUUUGUGAAUUAAAAGCCUCAGCGAAUACGCGUAUUUCACGGUUAUUUUCAUAUUUGGUACAAAAAUAUCAAUUAUUGUAUACUAUGUACCUACA